UAUCAACGGGACAAGUGACCAGCAGUUUAUCUUGUGUAUAUCGACAGUGUGUAACGAACGAUUUAACUGAGAGACUUAACUAGGGUGAUCCACUGUUCGCUAGAUUGUAAAUCCAAACUCUACAUACCAAAACGAAGGUGGGGGGUAGGAAUAGAAGAAUUUGGCGCGGUCCUAUUACUUCAUUUACAAUUCCCCUUUCCUCCUCCCCACAAUAAAAAUAGAAGGAGCAGGUGGGAUGGGGGAACCUUUGCAUUUAUUGCCCGGAUCGAACUUAACACCCGAGAUAAACGCUUUUAAAUAAUUAUUUCUUUGAUGUAUGAUUGGUUGUUUCGCGUGACAGGAGGGAUUAUGGUGUCGUGACACUGGCUUCUCUGCUUGACGUUGUGAAAGUGAUGGCCUUUGCUUUGACGGAAGGGAAGGUAGCCAUCCAUUGCCACGCUGGCCUUGGUCGCACAGGUGUUCUUAUAGCGAGUUAUCUUGUGUUUGUUCUACGAUGCAAGUCCAACGACGCCAUUCGAUACCUUCGGAUCAAAAGGCCUAAUGCUAUACAAACAAGACGCCAAAUUAUCUGUGUCCAGCAAUUUGCACAGUUCAUCAUACCACUUCUGACUGUGUAUCCAAACGUGAUACCUAAUGCUCAUCUCUUCUCCCUCAACCAGUAUCUAAACCAACAACGAAAAGUGCUUCAUGGUUACGAGGCUAGACAUCUCAAGUAUAUUCCCAAAAUAGUGUACAUGGUCUGCGAACGUCUUCUCGAAUUGGCUGGCUGCAAUAACAGAGAUGAGAAAAAAACGGUCCCUACUUUAGUAAAUCUGAUCCGCUAUCAACUUGGUGAAAGGAACGGUUUUUGGACAAGUUUUCUGGCAGCCUCAGUUCCGGAUGAGUAUUAUUGGCGCCCGUUUUCUCAGAUCACUGUUACUACUAGCUCGGAACCAUCUGAGCAGCAGCAAGAGUGGGCGGAAAAUCUACCCAAUCAUGUCUUUACUGGUGAGAGUUCUGCGAGUACAACCAGGAGACAUAAAACUCGGCCAUCAUGUACAAAGUCUAGAUAUACAAAACCUCAAGUUCAGUCACCACUCGUAAGAAACGAACCCUCCUAUCGACACUCAGACACACCUCCAGGUACCGCAGACACUGCCAUAAAUGUGACUUCUUCCGACCGUUCUCUCAAUUCUAGUCAGAAUUCAGGUGCAACAGUGGGGACUGUUGGGGGUAGAGAGUACACCCCUGAUUUCGAACCAGAAAGUAGUGAUGAAAGUAUUGAAUCUGUGGAAUACGAAAGUAAAGAAAACUUGUUAGCCAAUGGUUGUUACCAGGAGCUAUCUUCUACGUCAGAAUUCAAAUCACUUCAAAGAACAGCAAACCACUGUACUUGUGUAACUACCAAAGACGUUGUCAGGGCGCUCAUGACAGAACAGUGUAUGCUGGGAAGAGAGCAUGCAAUUACAUUAAGACAUUUUCAGAAAGUUUUGAACAGCAGGUGAGCGUGGGAAUGAAGCAAAAGUGG